ACGGCAGCUGUCAAGCUGCAUAUCUACCCACUUCGACGGCUCCAUGCGCGGAAGAGUAGGGACAAAAAGGAAACCACGGAUGAAUACAGAGUGGCAUUAUUGGUUAAAUCAUUGGAGUAUCGAUUAUGACUUUUUGCAAUGCAAUCUUCCACCCGCCCUUCACCUAAACCAAAGGGGCUUAAUUGGCCGGUGUCCUCAAAUAUCACCAUUUUUGUGCGAAACCUGAGGCUGCUACGCCUUGACCAACUCCCUGACUGGCCAAAUAUAACUGUCCGCUCCUUUGCAGGCGCUCAACCAAAUCUCCGCCAACGCAUUAAAGCGGUGGAAUGGUCUCUGUACCAACUGUUUACGAUAUGGGACCCAGAAGGGACCCAGAAUAGAUUGCGCCCCUUUUUCCCUCCACUGGAGCCCUUACAAUCUGUUAACCUUCGGGCCGCGCUUUUUCGUGCCCUAUCCGAUCUCAAAAAGAAUGGCGUUCUCGGAAGAGAAGCGAUCCUCCGCAAGACGAUGCUAGAUGAGUGCAAAGGGGAGAAGUUCGAGGAGGCACUGGCCACCUUUUCUUUGGCUGUGUUACGGGAGGUGAUAUUGGCGCGCAAGGGUGAACACAAAAAUCCAGUUCUUGAGAUGACAAUCAAUGGAUGCACUUCCUCCCCAGAACAAGAGAUGCUGGUUCCGCUGAUUAUAGCGCAUCGUGCCGCACUUACGACCAUGAUUAAUGAUAAAUGCCAUGUACGAGAAGCUUAUGACCAUCUGAAAAUUCUGCUUGAAAAUAAGACGAAAGAGCUUGCUGCCCGAUCAAAGGAAGCUGCGAACAAACCGACUGCAAACGAAGCCGAACUUACCCAUGAGAUAAUGAACCUAUGGUACGGAAAUGAAAAAUGGGCCGACAUAAUUCUCAAUGGUGGAAUGCAAGUGUCCACUGAUCACGUUCUUGAAUCAUCAUUUUCACGGGCGUUGUCACUGAUUAAGAAUGGACGGUUGGAUGACAUGGAAAACAGUUCUUCCUCUGAUCUAUUGGCUGAUUUGGAUAAUCGACUCGCAGAGCAGAAAGCCAGGGUUGAAAAGUGGCGGAAGUUUAAACAGACUCUCGUUGAAGAAAGACGUGCAUCACCACCAUCCAAACAUCGGAGCUCUUCCAAGAUUUUGGCAUUUCGGAACCACCAGCCGUUAACGAUCGCUUCACUUGCUCAGUCAGAUCGUAAAUCGACUCCACCGUCGCUAAAUGACACGAAGUACUCCUCAUUGGUUUCAGAUCUUGAUGCUGCACUUCUCAAGCACAAUGUCAAUAUCUCUCAGAAGAAAGAGCGGCCAGAUUCAGGGGAUCCAAGAAAUCGGAGACUAUCCAAUAUUCAUUCAAAUCGUAAUUAUUCACUGGACCAAGCAGCGUUAAGUCUUCUCGCCGACCAACCAACUCCCAAUUCCAACUAUAUGGAUAAUGCCUCCAUCAUUUCCUCUCUUCCAACCCAGGGGAGCAGCAGAGGCUCCCCUAGGCUAGAAAGCGGAGAGGUAAGCGGUUCAGGAACUCCGCAUUACGAAUACUUUUCUGGCGUUGCUACUCCAUCAAUCAUCAUCGAAUACGAUUCGAACCCUAGUCCCGUAAACGAGGACGCCGAAUCCCCGCAAUCAAUCUCUGUAAAUUCUACGCGCUCUGUUUCAAGCAAUCUUAUUGAACGUACAAGACAUUCGAUGUCGUUCCUCCCCACACCUAGCGCACGACCCCGACAGUCUCUAGCAGCGAAGCCUCGAAAAUCGCAAGUAUUUCCUACAAACCAGUUUGAAACUCCCAAAAAGCGCGAUUCGCGGAGCCUCAUGCCAGGAAGCUCUGGAACGUUAACCCCCAAGGAAGAACUGUUUAGUCAGGAUGCGGAUUAUGCCAGCGUGUUUAAGAGCAGGCCUAGGGUGGCCAUGAGCCCCGUGAAUUCUCCAGCGGUACACAUAUUACCGCUGGAUGAUCGUGAUAUGGAUGGAGAUGGGGAUCGGACUAUUGAUAUGGAUGCUGAAAUGUCAGAAGGCGACUUGCAAAACUCGCCAUUGUUUAGGGCUCGGUUUACAUCUAGAGCAUAAGUUUAUACUGCCUCCCAAAGUAUUAUUCAACGUAGCCUAAACUGCAGUAUUCUUGUCCUUAGACCGAUAUCUCACCUCGGAAUCAACCCACAUAUGCGUCUAUACCCCAGUGUUUAGAAAUCAUGGUGUCUUUGUGCUCUAGGUUUUGGUUUAGUAGUCACUUUGUCCGCAAAUGAGAUCUUGGUACCGACAUUUGGCUUCGGUUAUCGAUAAGGCGCAGGAACACUAGCGAGUUGGCAGCUUUUACUACCCGAGAUGAUAUGCUAAAGGAUUAUAUGCUCAAAAAGGCUGAGCCCGCCUUGGGACUAGUCGUAUUAGUAUAUCUCAAUUUUCAUUCCCGUGCGGUCAGUAUCUUGCGUUUUGAAAAUUAUUGUCAAAUAUUUCCGUGAGGUUUCGCAUGUCAGCUCCUGUCCUAGUUGGGCGGCUCCCUCCCAUCGCCAUAUACCACGGCCCGGCCACGGCUAAAAUAUCCUCCAUAUUGUUCAUUUAUGUCGAUAGGUAGUUUCAUUUCUGUUUAGAUAAAUGACAAAAAAGAAUUCCUAAAAAAUUAACUGGCACGUCCGAGAGAAGCUUGUAAGCUCUCUCGCCAGGGGCUGCUAUCCAUGCCUAACCCUCGCCCAAUCAAGACCAUUUUGCAGUGGUUCCCCGAAGCCGAUGGGUGCCUGCUAUCAGUCUCUGUAAUAUCAAAUACUUCCUGUACUCCCUGGAUGACCUGCGUACUGCCAUCUGUCAGGCAGAGCAACCCCUUUAAUCGAUGGAUUUCAAAAUCUUCAAUCUUCUGCUGGCCCUGAUUUGUCGGUUGGGGAU